AUGGUGUCUCAGUCAGCAGCAUCAACUUCUACUCCUUCAGAGCUAUCAACACCUAUAAACAAGACUGCUCAUGAAUUCGAUAAACCAACUUUAGAUGCUUUAUUAGCUAGAAGAUUCUUCUUCGCUCCUGCUUUUGAGAUUUACGGUGGUGUUGCGGGUUUAUACGAUUAUGGACCUACUGGAUCUGCACUCCAAGCUAAUAUCUUGGAUCAAUGGAGAAAACACUAUAUAAUCGAAGAAGAUAUGUUGGAACUUGAUACCACUAUCAUGACUCUUUCUGAGGUACUCAAAACUUCUGGUCAUGUUGACAAAUUCGCCGAUUGGAUGGUCAAGGAUGUACAGACCGGUGAAAUCUUCCGAGCGGACCAUUUAGUCGAAGCAGUCAUUGAAGCUAGACUCAAAGGAGAUAAAGAAGCCAGAGGCGUAAAGCAUGAAGAACCGGAGAAAGAGGAAGAUGAGAAGAAGAAAAAGAAGAAGAAGAACGUUAAAUCCGUUGCUAUUAAACUAGAGGACAGCGUCGUAGAGGAAUAUGAGAGUUUGUUGGCUCAAAUUGACAACUACACCGGACCACAACUUGGUGAACUCGUCCGAAAACACAACAUUCGAAACCCUACCACCGGCAAUGAACUCUCUGAGCCUGUCGAAUUCAACUUGAUGUUUGAGAGUAACAUUGGUCCUACCGGUCAAAUCAAGGGCUACCUUCGACCUGAAACUGCACAAGGUCAUUUUGUAAACUUUGCACGACUUUUGGAGUUCAACAAUGGUAAAGUACCAUUCGCCUCUGCUCAGAUCGGCCGAAGUUUCAGAAAUGAAAUUGCUCCUAGACAAGGUCUGCUUCGAGUUCGAGAGUUCACCAUGGCUGAAAUCGAACACUACGUUGAUCCCCUCGAUAAACGACAUGCUCGAUUCAACGAAGUCAAAGACGUUCAAUUGACUUUACUACCUAAAGACGUUCAGACUGAAGGUCGAACUGAGCUUACCCAAAUGACAGUCGGUGAUGCUGUAGCUAAAAAAAUAGUAGAUAACGAGACUCUUGGUUACUUCCUUGGACGAACGCAACUUUUCCUCGAAAAGAUCGGUAUCGACCCCAAGAGAUUGAGAUGCAGGCAACAUAUGGCAAACGAAAUGGCUCAUUAUGCUGCUGAUUGUUGGGAUUUCGAAAUUCAAUCAUCAUAUGGAUGGAUAGAAUGUGUUGGAUGUGCUGAUCGAUCAGCAUAUGACUUGACUGUUCAUUCAGUACGAACCAAGCAACCUCUAAGAGUACAACAGAAAUUAGAUGAACCUAAAAAAGUUGAAAAAUUAGAUGUUCAAUUCGAUGCCAAGAAGUUUGGAAUGACUUUCAAGAAGGAUGCAACUUUGAUCAAAGAGACUCUACUCGGUUUAGAAAAAGACAAAUUACAAUGUAUAAAGGAUGAACUCGCCAACGGUAAAUCGUCAGUCAAAUGUGCUGAUGGUAAAUCAUACGAAAUCACACCUGAUUUAGUCAAGAUUGAUCCUAUAACCGUUACUGAGCAUAUGCGAGAAUUCACCCCUAAUGUCAUUGAACCUUCUUUUGGUAUUGGUCGAAUUCUCUAUUCAUUGCUUGAACACUCUUACUGGGCAAGAGAACAAGACAAAGCUCGAGGUGUCCUCUCCCUCCCUUCCAUUGUUGCUCCAAUGAAAUGCCUUAUCGUUACUAUCUCUCAAGACCCAGAAUUGAGAGCUAAGAUACACGAAAUCUCUCGAAAGAUGAGAAGGAUUGGUAUUGCCAGUCGAGUUGAUGAUUCUUCGGCAUCGAUCGGUAAGAAAUACGCUAGAAAUGACGAGCUUGGUACACCUUUUGGAUGUACCGUUGAUUUCGCAUCCAUCAAGAACGAUACCAUGACGUUACGAGAAAGAGAUUCUACCAAUCAAUUGAUCGGUAAGAUCGACGAUGUCAUCGAAGUGGUUGAUCAGUUGGUCAAAGGCACGAUCGACUGGUCUGGUGCUAGUCAACGAUUGGAACCUUAUAGCGGUGUCCAAGAUGUUGAGGAGUAG